AUGAACCACAGAUCGAUCCUUAGCUCACUUUUUGACUUCCUGUGUGUCUUCUUCCUGUGUUUCAGGUUCAUCCUCGUGUUCAGCUGCCUGGUUCUCUCGGUGUUCUCCACCAUCCCGGCCCACCAGGACUUCUCCUCCUACUGUCUGCUCAUCCUGGAGUUUGUGAUGAUCGUGGUGUUCGGCUUGGAGUACAUCGCCCGGAUCUGGUCCGCUGGCUGCUGCUGUCGCUACCGGGGGUGGCAAGGCCGGCUGCGCUUCGCAAGGAAGCCCUUCUGUGUGAUCGACAUCAUCGUGCUGAUCGCGUCGGUGGCGGUGGUCUCGGCGGGCAGCCAGGGGAACAUCUUCGCCACGUCGGUGCUGCGCAGCCUCCGCUUCCUGCAGAUCCUGCGCAUGGUGCGCAUGGACCGCCGGGGCGGCACCUGGAAGCUGCUGGGCUCGGUGGUCUACGCCCACAGCAAGGAGCUGGUGACGGCGUGGUACAUCGGCUUCCUGGUCCUCAUCUUCUCCUCCUUCCUGGUGUACCUGGUGGAGAACAAGUUCAACAAGGAGUUCGCCACCUACGCCGACGCCCUGUGGUGGGGCACGAUCACCUUGACGACCAUCGGCUACGGAGACAAGACCCCCAAGACGUGGACGGGCCGCAUGCUGUCGGCGGGGUUCGCCCUCCUGGGAAUCUCCUUCUUCGCCCUGCCGGCCGGUAUCCUGGGCUCCGGCUUUGCGCUGAAGGUCCAGGAGCAGCACCGACAGAAGCACUUUGAGAAGCGUAGGAACCCGGCGGCCUGCCUCAUCCAGUGUGUGUGGCGGAGCUACGCGGCCGACGAGAACUCUGUUUCCAUAGCGACCUGGAAACCUCACCUGAAGGCGUUGCACACCUGCAGCCCCACCAAGAAGGAGCAGGGGGAGACCACGACAAGCCAAAAGCUGAGCUUCAAGGAGCGCGUGCGCAUGGCGAGCCCCCGCGGCCAGAGCAUCAAGAGCCGGCAGUCGGUGAACGAGCGGCGCUCCCCGGUGGCCGAGACCCCCCCGCCGGCCACCGCCGAGGGGGGCAGCCCCGCCAAGGUGCAGAAGAGCUGGAGCUUCAACGACCGCACCCGCUUCCGGCCCUCGCUGCGCCUCAAGAGCCAAUCACGCUCCACCACCGACGCAGACUCCAACAUGGCGGGGGGCGAGGACGGGUUCGAUGAGAGGGGGUGCCACUGUGACAUCUCUGUGGAGGACCUGCUGCCGUCGGUCAAGUGUGUCAUCAGAGCUGUCAGGAUAAUGAAGUUCCACGUUGCCAAGAAGAAAUUCAAGGAGACGUUGCGGCCCUACGACGUGAAGGACGUGAUCGAGCAGUACUCUGCCGGUCAUUUGGACAUGCUGUGUCGCAUCAAGAGCCUUCAAACCAGGUAG